UCAAUUAGAGCUGACACGGCGAGAAAUAAGAAGCACCAUCGCACGUUGUGUGCGGCAAAUUCUGUGGAAACGUAAGCUAAAAAAGUUAGAAAUAAAUAUGUCCAGCUCCGCGCCGAUGGAUGGCGAAGAGACGCCAGCGUCUGCGCAACCAAUUUUUAAAGAAAUCAACGCCGAUCAGACGGACGAAGUUGUCGAAAUUGAAUCCGCAUGUCUGAGUUGCUUUAAGACAGGCACUACUCGGCUCCUGCCCACGAAAAUACCGUUCUUCCGUGAAGUUGUGCUUAUGUCUUUCAAAUGCGACCACUGUGGCGCCACGAACAACGAACUGCAAUCGGCAUCGGAGAUACAAAAAUCCGGCAUACGCAUUGAGUUAUUGGUAAAGAGUGUGUCGGACCUGAAUCGGCGCGUGGUGCGCUCCGACUUUUCUAGUUUGACGAUACCCGAGGUGGAGCUUGAGAUACCGGUGCAGUCACAAAAGGGUGAAGUCACGACAGUGGAAGGUAUUAUUGAACGUACAAUUACCGGAUUGUCACAGGAUCAGGAGAAACGGCGCAUAGAUCAUCCCACGGAAGCAGCGUCUAUUGAUGCAUACAUUGAGCGUUUGCGGAAGCUGAAGGAGAUGGAGGUGCCCUUUCAUCUGCAACUAGAGGAUAUAUCCGGCAAUAGUUUCAUUGAAAACCCAUUCGGGCUUACCACAGAUCCCCAGCUGAAGACAAAACAUUUUACGCGCACAAAAGAGCAAAAUGAGCAAUUGGGGCUCUAUGAACAGAAUCACGAAGAUUCUCACUUGCUAAAGCCCAUUGCCGAGGAUGAGUGGCCCAUUGAGAACUUACACGGAGAGGUGUUGCAGUUCAAAACGAAUUGUCCAAACUGUAAUGCUCCAUGUGAGACCAACAUGAAGCUGACGAAUAUACCCCACUUCAAGGAAGUCGUCAUUAUGGCCACAGUAUGCGGCAGCUGUGGUCACAAGACGAACGAGGUGAAGUCGGGCGGCGGCAUUGAGCCGCAGGGUGUGCGAUUCAAGGUCCGCAUUGUCGACAAGGAGGAUCUGACACGCGAUGUACUUAAGUCGGAGACGUGCAGCCUCUCAAUACCUGAACUGGAUCUGGAUGUUGGCCCGCAUGCCCUGUGCGGCCGCUUUACCACCGUCGAAGGUCUGCUGGUGGCCAUGCGCGAUCAGUUGGAUGGCGCCUUUUUUCACGAUUCGGCUGAUGAUACUUCCAAGACGCAGAUGCAUCGCUUUCUGGAAACUUUUGAGCUGGUUAUGAAAUUAGAGCACGUCAUAACGCUAGUGCUGGACGAUCCCGCUGGAAAUACAUAUGUCCAAUCACUCAGCGAUGACGAUGCUGAGCCAGAUAAUAGACUGGAGGUUGAAAAGUACGAUCGCACAUUCGAACACAAUGAGGAAUUGGGCCUGAACGAUAUGAAAACCGAGAACUACGAGGAGGCCACGUGAUAAAGUGUUAUACGAGAAUUCCUAGCAUUACCUUACACAACAGGCAUUUAAAUACACAUGUAUACAAUAAAUAUGGAAAUUAAUGCCAAGGAUCUACUGGCACAUAAAAGUUAUCGCCAGUGAAAUAUCUCACAAAAGGUAAACAAA